AUGCCGUAUACACCCCCAUCAACGGCAGACACCACCAUGAUAAUCAAUCGACCGCGACCUCCCACUUGGGUAUUCCUCCCCCCUUCCGACGAACCAGAAUCAACUUCGGAUUCGGAUGCCCUCCCUCCCUACCCUCCCCCUCCAACUCGUCCACCACCCCGCACUCCACUAACACCACCGGCUCAAAUCCACAUUCCCUCUCCAACUACUUCAAAUUUCAACCGUAACUCGUAUGAAUAUGAAUACAACAGCACAUCCACAAUCAACCGCGAGCUCAAAGCAUCCAGCGCGGCAAACAAAGAACCCCCUGACUUUCCACCAUUCUGCAAAGCACUCCUUUUUGAUUCCCUACAAACAAAUCUUGAUUCUCUAGGGCCGCCAUCUCCUUCCAUCUCCCCUUCUGUGUCCUCACAAUCGUCGAAGCCACCUACUCCCCAACCAUGGUUCCACCCCAUCUCGCACCGUCAAUUUCCCAAAGCUUCUGUCCCUCGAACCAGAGAUCGUCCACCUUCCCCCCUCAUUCAAAGUAUCUCUGCUUCAGAGUUUUACAUCAGUUCUCUUUCUCCCCCGGACUACUAUUCCCAACAGCAAUUAGAAGAGGAAGACACAAAUGAUUGGGUAAUAAUACCACCCGAUGUCUAUUCACUUUCAUCAUCCCCAUCUUCAUCAUCGCCAUCUUCAUCAUCGCCAUCUUCAUCAUCGCUAUCUUCAUCAUCUGAUCCCGCUGCGCUAAUUUUACAUAAAAAUGGAACAACCAGAAGAGAAGAAUGUAGAGGUACUGAAGGCAAAAUGAUUUGGGAGACAAGAAACGGUGACAGAAUGAGGAUUGCACUGAAAAUUGGAGCCAGGAUGUCAACGAAAGGGUAUACAUCAACAGGGUCCUUGAAACUUGCUUACCAAGAGGACAAGGAAAAUGGCAGAGAGGGCACAAAAGACCUCAUUCUUUGA